AUGAAUCCUAACGGUCAAUUCCCCAAUGCCCCCGGCGGCGGGGGCAUGGGCGGUGGCAAGCCCGGCAUGCAGCAGCCCAAACAACAACAACCGGAUAAUGGUCAACAAAUCAUCCUGAGCCAUGUCGGUCAGGUCUUACAAAACCAAGGCCCCUUCAGUGGAUGGAAAGCAGAAGUCGGCUGGAGGAUUCGUACCAUGAAUGUCUGGCAAAUGAUUACCUCACUCCGACUAAUCCAGCCUCGUAUUGAUGUUCAAGCCGCCGCCCAGGCUGCCCUCAGUUUUGAACAAAAAGCCUUUCACAAGGCCAACGAAAGAAGCGAAUACGAACGUGAAUGUAACGAAAAACUGAAUCACAUCAAAGAUACUCGUCAAAGACAAGCUGCUGUCGCCCUCCAACAAAGUGGCAUGCAAAAUGGCAUGAUGCCCCAGGCGGGCGGCAUGCAGAAUCCCCUCCAGCCAGGCUUUCCACAGCAGUUAAAUCGAGGAAUGCAGUCAUCUCCAAUCCCAGGUCAGCCGCAAAUGUCGAUGGGAAUGAAUGAUCCGAACCAGCAGGCCGCCAUGCAACAACGCCAGCAACAACAGUCGGUCAUGCUUCAACAACAACAGCAGCAGCAGCAGCAGCAGCAGCAACAACAACAACAGCAGCAGCAGCAGCAACAGCAGCAGCAGCAGCGUGCUCAACAACGUCCUACGAAUAGCGGUCCCCUCCAUGAUGAUCUGAACUCCCUUUCUCCGCAAGACGAAGAAAAUGUCUCUCGCCUGGCCAAUCAAAUGCUGGCCAAGACAUCCCCCGAAGACAUGGAGAAGAUUAAGCUUAAUCUUUCCAACAUGAGCCCCGAUCAGCAGUCCUAUCUGGCUCGCAAGCGCAUGGAUCCAAUGACAUAUUUCUUUCGCUCCCAAGCUUUGAACCAACUGCGCCGACACCGUCGAGCGCGUAUGGAGAUGGGUCGUCCCAGUAACGCCGGCAUGGACCCCAAUGGUGCCAUGAUGGGAGAUCCCAUGAUAAAUCAGCGUCAUAUGCUGCAGAACAUGAUGAAUCUCCAGCGGAACUCAGGCUUCUCUGGUAGCCCUGGCCAAAGUCUUGACUCGAAUUCUUUCAUCGGUAACGUGGAAAACAUCCAAGGACAGCAGGCAGACGGUCUGCGCUCACAGGAGGCUGGGCAAUUGGUGGUCCCUGCAAGCUCAUCGCAAAUGAACCAACCACCUUUCCCCAAUCAGCAGCCGCAGAAUGGUUUCCCUCAACAGAUGACUCAGAAUGCCCAGGGCAUGAACCCACAGCUCUUUGGACAGCAGCAGCACUUCCCGAAUGGUUCCAAUGGCCCCCAAGACCGGAUGCAAUUUCAAGCGCAGGCUCAAGCUCAGGCUCAGGCACGUGCGCAAGCUGCUGCCGCCCAGAAAGCUCAACUUGCUCUAUCGGGCCACGGUGGACAUGAAAACCCUCAGGCACAGGCGCACAUGGCCCAAUCUAGCCCGGUUAUGCCCAUGUUGAACCAACCCAUGGCCCCUGGUCAAAUGUCUCCUGUCCAGGUGCCUGGCCAGCCUCGACCUCCAUCCCGCCAACCAAACCCGGGCCAGCCCAACAUGCAAGGUCGGCCGCAGAUUCCUCCGAAUCUCCCACAGGCUAUUCAGGAUCAACUGGCCCAAAUGACUAAUGAGCAGCGCCAAGCAUUCAUGUUGAAUCAACGCCGGAGUGCCAUGCUUCGCAAUAAUGGCCAGCAACCCGGCUCUCUUCAGCAAGCAGGAGCACAACCCGGUCAAGGCCAAGCCAUGUUCAACGGUGCCAACGGCCGAAUGAUGCCUCUCAACAUGCCACCGGCCAGAAAUCCAGCUGCGGGCAUGCCCCAACAGAUUCCAGGCCAAGGCUUAACUCCUCAACAGCGUCUGCAGCAGCAGCAGCGGCAGCAAGAUCUCUACAAACUCCAGCUUUUACACCAACAAAACAAUGGUCUGGAGAUGAGUCCCGAGCAGGUCAAAGAGAUGGAUCGUGCUGCUUUCCCGCCCAAUAUCAUUAAUCACAACAAUACCCAGACACCCAAGCACAUAAAAACUUGGGGACAGCUCAAGCAGUGGGCCACUUCCAACCCUCAGGUAUCAAAUGGUGUUGAUCUGACCAAGCUCCUGACGCUGCAAAAACUCCACUUUGGACAGAUUGUAGCUAACAGGGCCGCGAGUGCAAAUAACCAGGGCCCGAACAUGAUGCCGCAAGCCCACCAGGGACAACCGGGUCAAAUUCCGAAUGGACAAGUUCCUCCCACCGGACAACCUCAGCCGAAUAUGCAGAUACGGCCACUCACCAGCCAGGACAUCCUCAUGGCUCGCCAAAAGAUGGGAGAAAAUAACCUCAAAUUCUCUGAUGAUCAGAUCCGCGAGCUCCUCCAACACCGCCAAAGGCAGAUCAUCCUGGCGAAUGCGCGCGCCCGACAAGAACUGAACAAUGCGAAUGGUGUUAAAAUGCCACCCGGGCAGCCCAAUCAGCCUAUGCCACGUCCCUCUGUAUCAGUACCCCAGAGUGCUGUCCAAGCCAACCAACCCCCAGCUCUUCAAGCACCGGUAACUGCCGAGCAUCAGCAGCCAAACAUGAAGACUCAAGCCGGAGGACCGGCAAAGAAUGCCAAGGCUGCAACUGGCAAACAAAACCAGAAGAACAAGGGGAAAAUGGAAGAUGUUGGAGAAGUCCAAGCUUCAUCUGCGCCUCAGCAAUCCCAACAACCCGUCGCACCUGCAAGCGCACCACCUGGAGCUCGCCCCCCUGCUCCUCGACCGAGUGGUCCAAUUUCCAAUGAGCAGUUCCAUUCAAUGACUCCUCAGCAACGAAUGCAAGUCGAAAGUCAUAUGCGGAAGCAGCAACAGGGUUUCCUCCGUGGCCCGAUCAUUAGUCGUGCUGGUGCGGAAGAAAAUUGGAAGAAGAACUUGAAGCCUGAAAUCAUGAGUGUCUACAUGGAAAUCGCCAAGAGCGCUCCACCUUCUCAAGCUGUUGUGACUUCUCCUGAACAGAAACAGGCUAUGUCCCAGCUGCUAAUGAACUCACUGGAUAUCUUAGGGAGGUUAGACGUCUUGAUGCUACAUGGAUUUGCCAAAGUGCAGGGCCAAGAGAAGAACAUCCGAAAUCUUCUUGCUAUGCGGGUCCAAAUCAUGCGACAGUUCAAAAAUACACAGGAUUGGGUCCUUAAUGACAACUUCACUAUCUCCCAAGAAUACCUGUCUGGUGCUGUUCUGUUCAUCCGAAAGUUGUUCCAAGUCAUGCUUCUCCGCAUCAAUCAACAACAACAGCAACAGCAACAGCAGCAGCAGCAGCAACAGCAGCAGCAACAACAACAGCAGAAUCAACAGCAGCAGCAGCAGCUACAGCAACCCCCUAAUAACGCUGUUGUCGCAUCUUCACCCCCAUCUACCAUGCCCCCACUGAGCACUACGAAUCUUCAGACACAUCAACAACAAGAGGAAGCCCGCCACCACGCUCGACGCGCCUCCAGCCAAUCUGGUGCAGCUCCCGCUCCGGCGCCAUUUGGAGCACCAUCCCCACAGGGCGUUCCGCACGCGUAUGGGCCAGGCGGUCUUGCCCCGGAAAAGCUGAAGCUUCCCCCACCCAAGAAGAGAAAGCAGUCUCACGCUGCUGGUGCCAGUGCCUCACCUGUGCAGCCUAAUGCCGCAUCCGUUGCGUCUGCCACUUAUCAGGCAGCCGUGGCGAACGCUAAGACCAAGGCUGCCGCUUUGGCGGGUGCUUUCAAGUGUAGCGUCGUUGAAUGCCACCACCACUUCCAAGGUCUCCCAACCCAAGCAGCUCUGGAUAAACACGUCGAAGAAAAUCAUCAACCCGAGGAAGAGGAGAACAUUGAUGAUCCCAUGAAGUUCUACCUGGAAAGUAUUUCCAUUGGUCUUGGAUUGGCCACCGACGGCCAGCAGCCCAAGCAAAGCGUUGAGUCUGCACCUAAUACUGCCAACGCUAGCAACAAACUGAGCAUAAUGGCUUCGCCCGCUAAGCAAGGCUUGCCUACACCGGUCACGGCUAGCACAACCCCCAUGGCUCGCGUGACCAGCCAAAUCGGAGCAAAGACUGCGUCUCCUGCCACAUCUGCCCAGCAGCUCACACCUCACCAAGCAGCGAACAAGAGUGCGAAGCCUUCUCCUGGCAAGCAACCUGGCAAGCGCACCUUGGAUGACCUCGAAGCUGAGGACCCAUGGGCGAAAGCUCCGAUGAACUUAGAAAAGAUUCAUGAUACCUUCGCACCCAUAUUUGCAGAAUGCCGACGGAAGGGUAUGGGCUACGAUUCCUUUGAUGAAUUCCUGAAUACCGACAUGUUCUCCCUCGACCAAUCCGAUGAUACCCCCGACUCUCAAGACAAUGCUCUUGCAACCAUGACUCCUAAGGAUGAUCACAAGGAUUGCAAUGGUGUUCCCUGGUACGAUUGGAUGCCAUGGGAUGAAGAGUCUAUCCAAGCUGCCGAAGACUGGAUGGAGAUGCCUCCUUCUUCUGAGUUCCUAAACGGCCUUCGCUAUCCGACUGGACCGGACGCUCUGAAGUUUGAUUGGAAUAAUGAUGAACAGCCCCAAAAAGAGAUGAACCUUGAGAGCGGCACUAUCGCAAUUGCUGCUCUUUAA